AUGGAGAAACUACGGCAGUCACUAAAUGGUUCGGUGUCGAAUCUUGAACCUGAGCAAUUUCGUAAGAUGUUCAUCGGUGGUCUUACAAGUACCACAACCGAUGAGAAUCUGCGAGAGUUUUACUCGAAAUGGGGUGAUCUAGUGGAUUGUGUGGUCAUGCGUGAUCCAACUACGAAACGUUCGCGUGGAUUCGGAUUCGUCAGCUAUUCGAAGCAGUCUGAGGUGGAUGGGGAGGUCAAGGCGGUGGCUCCCACGGAGGUUGGGGAGGCCAGGGAGGUGGAUCUCAAGGUGGCUGGGGAGGCCAAGGCAGCGGUGGUGGUGGUGGUUGGAAUGGUGGACGAGGUUAUUAGUGAAGAAUGA